AUGAAUAUUUUUUGCCUUUCAACUUUUUACUUGAUUUUAUUUUAUUUUUUUAUAAAUAAUUUGCAUACAAAAAAGUUAAAAACAUAUAGAACAAAUAUAAUUCAUUAUGAUACUAAAAUAAAUAAAUAUAAAAAAUUAUUUAUUUUAAAAAAUGGUAAGUUUUUAAAAAAAAAAAAAAAUUAUAGAAUAAUAUAUGCUGAAAAUAUAAAAGAUACAAACUCAUUAAUAGGUGCAUAUGUAAAAAUUAAUAAUGGUGUAUUUAAAGAUUGUAAUGGUAUAAUAUUGGAUUUAAAAAAGACAGAAAAAAAUGAAUAUGAAAUAUUAGUUGUAAUUAAUAAAGAUGAAUCUGUUAAAUACCCUAAAAACAUUUUAAAUAAAUUUGGGAAAAGUUAUUGGAUGAAUAUUAGAGAUAUUGAAAUUAAAAAAUUGAAAAAUUUAUUUUUUCAUAAUUAUGAUAAUUUUUAUGAUAAAAAAGAAAAGAAAAUUAAUGAUGAAAUAGAAAAUCUUCAUAAUAUUAAAGAAGAUUUUAUUGAUAUAGAUGAACAUUUUUAUGAUAAGUAUGACCUUUUUAAUAGUAAAGAUUUAGAUUCUAAGUUAAAUAAAGAGAGUACUGAAGGAAAUUUUUCUCAAGAAUCUUUAAAUAAAAAUGUUAGCGAAGUGAAUAAAAGCAUAUCAAAUUUAAAUUAUGAUGAAAAUAAUUUAAACAAAUUAGAAGAAAAAAAAAAAAUAGAUGAAGUAUAUUAUUUUGAUUCUUAUUCUGAUUUGAUAAAUUUAAAAGAAAAUUACGUAAGGGGAAAAAAAAAUGUACGUAAUUCUUUUUGUCACAAUAUUGUAAAAGAGAUUGAAAAAAAUUAUUUUUAUGAAGAUUUAUUAAAAUUAUAUCAAAAUAAAAGACAUUUAUCGAAUAUUGUUGUUUGUUUUUACAUAAUUAAACAGUUUGUUAGAAUUUAUAAUUUUGAAAAAAAUAAUGAAACUUCAAGAGAUAAUUUUUUAAAUAAAGUUAUAUAUAACAAUAAUUUUGAAAGUAUAUUAAUAGAUAUAAAAGUUUUCUUAGAGAAAAAACAAAUUUAUAGAGUAGUUGAUAAAACUUGGCUAUUAUGGCUAUUAGUUAAAUUGAACAUUCAUAAAGAAGAAAAAUAUAAAAACAUUUUUGAAAGUAUUUUAUAUUACCUUGUUGAAUAUAUUAAUUUUAAUAUUUUAAAAAAAUUGAAUACAAAAAGUUUAUGUGCUCUUUUGUGGAGUUUAGCAAAAUGUUCUUAUAAAAAUUUAAAAGUUUAUAGAAAAAUUUUGUAUUUUUUAGAAAAAUAUAUUUCUAUUUUAACUUGUCAAGAUAUUUCAAAUAUAUAUUAUUCUUUAUCCUUAUUAAAUUAUAACAAAGAACAUUUUUAUGAAUUAAUUGAAAAGGAAAUUAAUAAAAAUAUUAAUAAGUUUACUUUACAAAGUUUGAUCAAUAUAUUAUGGGGAAUGACCAAACUAAAAAGAAAAAACUCAACUUUUAAUAUCAUUAAAGAUAAAUUAUUAUUUUAUUCUAGUAAUUUAGAUAUAAGAAAUGUCAGUUUGUUCUUGUGGUGUUUAAAUAAAAAUCAAUAUUACAAGGUAGAUAUAAAUUUUAAAGGUGAAAUAUUUCAGAAUUUAAAUAUAAAACAAGCAAUUCAAUUGUUAAUUUUCUUUAAUUACAACAAAAAAAAAUAUAUAGAAUAUUUAAAGUAUGUUUUGAAUUUUUUAUUUGAGAAUAUUGGUAAUUUAACCAAUCAAGAAAUAUGCUUUUUUAUUUAUUCUUUAUCAAAACUAAAUUUACUAAAAAAAAGUUUUUCUAAAGUAAAAAAUGAUAUUUUAAAAAGGGAUCCUAAUACUUUAAAUCUUAUAGAUAUAAACAUGUUAAUUUUUUCAUUAAACAAUAGUAACCUUUAUGAUAAAGCAUUAAUAAACUAUUUAUUUAAUGAAUUAAAGAAUAUAUUAAAAAAUAAUAUUAAAAGUACACCAAAUAAUGUAUAUAAUAAUUUUAUAAUGAAAGAAAAAAAAGAUUUUAAAAACUUUAAUUAUAUAAUAAAAAACUUAGCUGAAAUGAAAAUAUUUGAUCAAAACAUUAUUUUAAAGUAUGUAAUAUUAUUUUCAUUAAAUAUAUCAAGUAUAUAUGUAGAUGAUCUUAUUGAUUAUUUAUUUUAUACAACUUCUUUGUAUUAUCCUAAUAAAAAUAAUAAUUAUUAUGGUGAGAAUAAAACAAAUGAAAAAUAUUAUAAAUAUGAAGGAGAUAUAAAUAAUAAAGAGAAUAUUAUAAAUUUAAUAAUUAAUAAUAAUGAAAUUAAACUAGAAGAAGAGAAAUUUAAAAAGGUUUAUUUGCAUUACUUAAAUAAAAUUGUUUUAUUUUUACAAGUAGUACUUGAAAAUUUUGACGUUGAAUCAUUCUUGGAAGAAAUGGAAUAUGAGAACUUUAAAAGCAAAAAUGAUUUCACAAAAGAUUCAAAAAAAAAUGAUACAUUUCAAUUUAAUUAUAGGGAAGAAACAGGUGAAGAUAUUAAAAAAUUAAAUGAAUUAAUUUUAGAUAAAAACAGUAUUAACGUAACUAAUUUAGAAAAUUUAAUUUCUGACAAAGAAUAUUCUUCGUUUAUAAAUGAGAAAGAAAAAAAGAAAAAUGAACCUACAAAAGAAGUAUUAUGUAAAUCAAUUAAUUCAUUAAUACAUUUAUAUUAUUCAUUCGCAAUCAUAAAGGCUUUUGAUAAAAAGAAAAUUAAUUUUUGUUUUGAUAAUUUGUAUAAUGUUGUGGAAAAAAAGAAAAAUGAAAUAACAGCAUAUCAAUGGUUAUUGAUAAAAGACAUAGUGGAUAUUAUGAAAAUAAAGGAAGGUAAAUGGAUAACACUUUUGGAUAAAGUAAAUACAUAUGUGAAUUCUGAUACUGAAAAAGGAAAUGAACAGUUUGAGACAAUAAAUAUAGAUAUUUAA